AUGUUUUGUUUCAUUGAGGUGAUCGUUCCCGGGGAGAAGUCGUUUUUCAAAACGGGACUGCCAAACGCCAGCUGCGACGUGGUGGCCUCCCAGGAUGCUCUCCUACACUCCGGGCCGGAGCGGCACAGGUCCAUGGCCGAGGCAGCCCGCGUGCUGAAGCCCGGGGGGAGGAUGGUGUUCUCUGACAUCAUGCAGCUGAAUGAGACCGACCCAAAGGACCUACAGGAUGUGUACAACCGGUGCCACCUGGAGGACAUGUCCACCCCCGAGGAGUACAUCAAGUGGGGCAAGGUCCACGGGCUCGAGUUCGUGGAGUUCGUCGACAUGGCCGAGAACCUCGCCACGCACUACGGAAGUGUUCGGGACGUGUUGGAGUCGCGGCGCGGCAACUUGGAAGGCGUGGAGGACGAUUUUAUCGACAACAUGGUCAGGGGAAUCGAGGCUUGGAUAUCGGCGGCUCAGCGCAACCUCAUCUGCUGGGGCUACUUGACCUUCACCAAGCCGGACGAGGCCUCGAGCGACGAUAACGCGACGACCGCCAUCUCGGCUACAGCUGAGGGGUGGUACAACUCGGAUAACGCCUUCAACUUCUACUUCAAGGUGUGGGGCGGAGAGCACAUCCACGUCGGCCUGUACAGCAAGCUCAACGCGGAAGAAGCCAAGCUGCCCGUGCUGGACCGCAUCAAGAAGGCCAGCAUCCUGAACGCCGAGGAGCUGCUCGCCCGUUGCUUCCCCGCCAGCGCUAACGGAACUAACGGCACUAACGGCAACGGCGCCCCUCCCACAUCGGAGAGCACCAUGGUGGACAUGGGCUCCGGAUACGGGGGCUCGGCCAGGCUUGCAGCCAAGACGCUCGGCUGCAAGGCGAUGAAUGUGUAUUGCAUCAACGUCACUUCGAGGGAGAACGACGUCAACCGCGCGCUGAGCAAGGCCGCCGGGAUCGAGGAUCUGGUGAUCAUCCCCGGAGAGAAGUCGUACUUCGACACCGGGCUGCCGGACGCCUGCUGCGAGGUGGUGACCUCCCAGGACGCGCUCCUGCACGCGGGGUCGGAGCGGCACAGGGCGGUCGGCGAGGCCGCCCGCUUGCUCAAGCCAGGGGGCAGGAUGGUCUUCAACGACGUCAUGCAGACGAACCACGCCGACCCCAAGGACCUUAAGGACGUGUACGAACGCGUCCGCCUUCAGGACCUGGGUACGCCUAAGUCUUACGCCAAGUGGGCCGAAUCUUACGGUCUCACGUUCGUGGAGUUCUCCGACCGUACUCCCGACAUGAAGACGCACUACGAAUCCGUAGGUUUGCGACGGUUUCAAUUCAAGGCAGAUGGACAGAACAUCGCGGCGUUGGCGGUUAAGGAAGUGCUGAUGUCGCACCGCGGUACCUCGGAUGGCAUGGAGGAUGAGUUCAUCGACAACAUGGCCAGGGGACUCGACGCUUGGGUUUCGGCGGCCGAGCGCGGCCUCAUCUGCUGGGGGUACGUGACCUUCGCCAAGCCGGACGAGGCCUCGAGCGACGAUAACGCGACAGACGCCAUAUCGGCUACAGCUGAGGGGUGGUACAACUCGGACAACGCCUUCAACUUCUACUUCAAGGCGGGGGUUUGUGCCGCCGGGAUCGAGGAUCUGGUGAUUGACCUGUCUACCUUUCCACCUUUCUUGUGUUAGAUGCUAUAUUGCGGUUGUUUUUGACGAACCGAACAAGUGUCAUCAGAAAGCUUCCGCCGUUAGUCGUAUAUAUCGAGAGAGCGUGAACGGCAGGUGUUUGGUUCACACAAGUACACAACGACGCUUUUUCGUUUCUUUCGGAUAACGUUGUGAACGAUAGUGUUUUAGUUUGUUCCGUGUGGCAUCGUAUUGGCUUGAAAUGUUGGGGUACUGCGAGGGGAAGCCCAUGUACGUCACGGAGGUAAAUUGAUUCAUGGACGAAAGGUCGUGUUGCAUGAUGAGGCGUUGUUUCAAUUUUCCAGCAACACCACCGCACCGCCGUAACCCUUAUACCCACCACCACAACCAACACCGGUAACCGCCAUCCCCAUCGUAGUACAACAAAAAUGAUGGCGACGAACUACUGUUCCAGGUGAUCAUCCCCGGAG